AUGUUGGCAUCAUUGUAUGUUAAAAGUGAAUACUGUAUAACUGACUUUGCUGUGAUGGUUUCUAAAAUGGUAUAUAAACGGAAGAGGAGGUCUGCAGCAGACAAAAAGGAUGCAACAGAGAUAAAGAAGAAGGAUUCGAAGAAAGCUUGGGCGAACCAAGCCAAUUUCUAUGCUUAUGCUGAUGCACACAAAGAAAAGUCUAAAGCAGAUGUGCUUCGUAGUUUUAAGGAGCAAUUUAAGCUUCUCAGCGAGGAAGAGAUUGACAAUUGGGCUUCAUAUGAAGUCGAGGCUUCCCCCUCAAAGGUUGGUGGUAGAGGGAAAGGGAAGAAGUUGAAGGAGACACUAUCUGCUGAGCCAGGGAUUGACAACAACGAAGGUGUGGGGGACGUUCAAGUUUCUGGCCGUUGCUCCUUCGAGCGUUUGGGGAGAAUAGUCCCACUGCUCAACGAGGCUCAAAAAGAAAUGGUGAGAAAUGUCAGUUUCUCAACAUUCUUAAGGGAGGAUGCCCCGUACAUAGACACUAAGAUAGUUAGUUGGCUGAUCGAUCACGUGGAUCCAACCACUUCUCGGCUGGAGAUAUUUGGAAGAACGAUCCAACUAUCGUCCAAGCUGUUAGAGGAUGUCAUGGGAAUCCGGGAUGGCGGAGAACCCGUGGCAACCGAAAGUGAGCGUGACCUAGUUGAGUUUGAUCCAACUAUAGGUAAGUUUUCGAAUUAUUGUGAUGGUAGUAAUUUUAUUCUCUCGUGUACUGCGGUGGUAAUGUAUGUAUGUACUUUUGUUUGGUGGCAGCUUGUAUAUUUGACGCACGUUGACUGGACUGCUAGUCACGUGGACCGCACUGUGGCUCCAAUUGACUUUUGGACCACAAAACAGUGCAAGUCAGUGUACAAGUGGAUUCGAGACCACGAUGGUCACACAAGUGGAAAGGUGAAAUUGACUAACACAUAUGUGUUACUACCAAGUUUUGAAUCCGCUGCAGUUGGGCAACCCACAAAUGACGCAAUAUACAAAGCUGUGUGUGAGUUGAAAGAUGAGGUCUUCCGGCUUGAUUUGAAGGUGAACAGCGCAAAAGAGCUGUUAGUGAAGGUACUCUCAACUUACCUUGGGAAGGGGACUAUGAAUGAAGUGUUGGAGAUACCCGAGACGAGCAAAGUUCAGCGCUCGCUUUCAUUCAACAGGGAGACCGAGAAGAAGGAUGACGUGGGUGUCAAGCGAAAGGAUGGUGAAGGGACGAAAGAUAAAUCGGAAAAGGAUGUUGAUGAUGUACAGAGUGUCCCUUCACUUAAUCUAUCAGAAGACAAGGUGGUUGUUCCAACUGAGGUGGUUGUUUUCGAUGAUUCGUUUGAGGUUAUGAACUUUUGGGGAGAAGAACUCCCAGCUAUUGUAAAAGAGGAAGUUGAGCAGACCGUGAAGGAUGAUUUUGAUGAUGCUGCGUUCGAAAGAUUCAAAGAAUCUGGAGGGAAGGUGAUUGGUCUGUUCACUGUGAAGAAGGGUUACUCAAAUCAACAGUACGAGUUCUUCCGUUACAUUUUCUCUAGCGCCAAUGAUCCGAGGUAAUCUCAUGUUUCAUGAUUACUGUGUACGUAGUUGAUAUUAGUACAUUUGUUUCGUUGUUGAUUAUUUGUUUUGUAUUUCAGUGAAGUGUUAGCCCCUUU